CGCCUCCCGGGGCCGGGCACCGCCGCGGGGACGGGAGGAGUCGCCGCCGCUGCGCUCCCCGGCCCGGCGCUGGGGGAGCGGGCGGCGCCCGCGGAGCUGGGCCAUGAGGUUUCCUUUGCCUGAUCUGUAAACAUGUCAACAGACCUGCUCUGGUGUGAGGAUUGCGGUAGAAGCCUUAUAGGAGAAUGCAAACUCCACGGACCACUCAUCAGGGCUAAAGACAGGGUUAUUCCCAGCCGAGCCCGUCUCACCCUACCUCACUACCUCACUUUGCGAGUGUUGGAGCUGCGAGCUGGAAACCAGCAGAUCCUUGGUGUAUUUGCAAAGAAAGUAAUACAGAAGAGAACACAGUUUGGUCCUUAUGUUGGUCAACUGUCUACAAAAUUGACCUGCUAUGAUGAGAGCAGGCUAGUCCUGCAGGUAUUGAAAGAUGGAGGGAAGUACUUUCUGGACACUCCCAAUGAAGACUGUGGAAACUGGAUGAUGUUUGUCCGGCUAGCCCGGAACCAAGAAGAACAGACCCUUGUGGCUUAUCAGCACUGUGGAGAAGUUUACUUCACAACAGUUAAGCCAAUUGAACCCCACACAGAAUUGAAAGUAUGGUAUGCUGCCGAUUAUGCCAAAUUUAUGGAAGCUUCCGCAGUCUUCAUUAAAGAAGAAUCAGAUGUCUGUCCCGUGCCUCCAGUUGCAAAAGAGCCUGUAGACCCUCGGAUAUGCUCCAGUUGUGGCAGCACUUUUGCAACUUUUUCUCUGCUGGAAUCUCACCAGUGCAUCCAUAAAGACCGAGUCCUUCCUACGAGGUUCAGACCACCAAAUAAAUUGGGACCUGUAAAAGCAAAAAGCAAACUCAAAGGGAAACUGAGAGGAGCGUCAUUAGGCAAAAGCAUUACUCAGUGCUUUGGGACCAUUUCCUGUUCCUCUGCUGCAAAGUUUGGCUGUGCCAGCUCAGGAAGCACUUGUGAUGCUCUCGUGAGGUUUAUACCUAAAUGGAGAAAUGGUCGGUCUUCACUAUUGAAGGGAAAAGAAGUGAAGCAGACAGACAGUUACCCUUGCCGACUCUGUGGGAAGAUAUUUGAUUCCACUGAUAAGCUCACAGUCCACACUUACACGCACAGGGAGCGUCCCUACAAGUGUUCACAGCACGGAUGCACAAAAGCCUUCAUUUCCAAAUAUAAACUGCUCAGGCACUCUGCUACUCAUUCUCCACAGAAAUCUCACCAGUGUGGCUACUGUGAAAAGACCUUUCACAGGAAAGACCACCUAAAGAAUCACCUUCAGACUCAUGACCCUAACAAGAUGGCCUUCAAGUGUGAAGAGUGUGGCAAGAAGUACAACACCAAGCUAGGUUAUAAGAGACACUUGGCUCUUCACGCUGCCACCAGUGGGGACCUUACCUGUAGGGUAUGUGCCCAAGAGUUUGGCGGUACUGAGGUUCUGUUGGAACACCUCAAAAGUCAUGCAGGGAAGCCAGCUGGCAAUAUGAAGGAAAAGAAACAUAAAUGUGACCACUGUGAGCGUCACUUCUAUACCCGUAAAGAUGUGCGGCGUCACAUGGUGGUUCACACAGGCUGUAAAGACUUUCUGUGUCAAUUUUGUGCCCAAAGGUUUGGGCGGAAGGACCACUUGACACGCCAUACCAGGAAGACUCAUCCACAAGAACUGCUAAAGAGCAGGCUGCAGAACGGUGAGUCAGUGGGUCUCCUUGACCAGCUUUUUCCAUACAGGCUGAAAGAAGAUGCCAGCAUGCUGUCUUCUCUUCCUGAAAGGGUCUCUGUGCAGAAUGGUAUUGUGAAUAGUUCAGAAUCUGAGGAAUACAACUGUUCACAUCUUCAUUCCCAGCCAAGCUUACAAACUGCUCUUCCUCUUGAACCUUCUCCUCAGUUGCAAAGGAUGGGCUGCACAGACAGCCUUCCAGCGGUCCAUCCCACACCGUGUUCAACAGCCGUCCCUACCAACCUGAACCUUCAUCAGCCUAAUAAAUAUGACCUUAGUUCUACCUCACUUGCAGCAGGAUCCCUCAAGAAUCUACCAAUAAAAGUGGAUGUUAAAGGUUACAACGUGCAUCUACUCGAGGACCUGCCAUUACCAGAACCUCAGUCUCUGCACAAAAUCAGUAUGGAAGAGGAUUCCUCAGGGCCUGCAGGGGAUACUAACAAGUACCCAGUGCACAAAGAGACAGAGGCAGCAACUGAAACUACAGGCCUGCCUUUCAUGGAUCUCACUCAUGUGAUGAGUUUCUGGCAGCUCCCACCAGGUGACAACCAGAACACUAUUGGGGACUUCACAAUGGCAUUUGGCCCAGAGGAACCAUCACACAGGCUGAAUGGCCUCGGCCAACAGCAAGGUCUUCAGCUAGCAACUGGUGGGAUGGCCAUAAACCAGCUGCAUCAUUUUCCUCGCUCCUUUCCAUCCACUACAAAUUCUGUAACCUUGCCUCAUUUUCACCAUGCUUUCAAGUAACUAUCACCCUGUGUGUGGGGUUUUCCUUUUUUUUUUUUUUUUUUUGAGACUGUGCUUCUUACUUAAAUCUGUUAGGAUGGGGUGGUUUUUGGUUUUGUUUCGUUUUUAAGAAAAACUGCCCCAAAUGUUUUCAAAGCACAUUAUGAACAUGGUAGUUAAAUUCAGGAUGUUAAUAAAUAAGAAGCUCUAUUUUUCAUACUACUAUUAGUUUUUUUAGCAUAUGACAACAGUAGAACUAACGUAUUUCCCUCAGCUCCCUCUAUAUUUUUGUUGUUACCUUUCAUGCAAACAUCUGAAUAAAUAUCUUCAACGAUAGAAAAGUGUCAUAACAGGCACAAUAAAACUAUGGCUGCUGCAGUAGGAGAAAUAUGGUUAGGGUGAAUGGGAAGAAGGGGGAAAUCACAGAAAAAUCAUUUUAAUGAGCCAUAAAUCACAGCAAAUGUGUACACAUAGCAAAUGUAACAAAUGAUUAAUCAACAUCACAUAGAUUAUUGUUAAGCAUUUAAUGAAGUUUAUUAAUCUUUAAUUUAAAUCGGAAUCAUUCCAAGAGUAAAUCUUACCUCCGUGGUUCCCUUUUUUCAAAUGAAUAUCAUCACUAUUAUGAUUAUGUUUAACUAGAUUUUGUUUUCUGACACGCGAUUCAGCUGUGUGCAUCUCAUGCCUUUUUCCUUGGGCUGGAGGUUGCUAUCACUUCUGAAUGACUAUGUAAGAACUGCUGUCUUGUAUAUGUGCAGUUUUCAGAAUGGAAAGUGAAUUGUUUCAAAGGUUAGAACAAAACUUUACUUUUCAUUUAGAGCCAGAUCUGCCAAGGUAUCAGACACUGCUUUCUCUCUCUCCAGUAAAGCACUUAAACAUUUGCUUAAAUUUAAACAUGUUAUCCUGUUGGGUCAACAGCUUGAUUAAUUUAACCUUUAAUAAAAUAUAGUGCUUCCUACCUAAGGGGCCUUUAUUCACCUUUUGUUGAUAAAAAUGGCCUUUGUUUAGUCUGGGAAAUUAAUUAAUUAUUAUUAAUAUUUAAUUAUUAAUAAUUAAUAAUUAUUAAUUGUAACUUUCUGAAACAUGGGCUUUCAGAAAGCCAACCCUGGCCCAGGAGAGCCUGCGCCCAAGCAGGACCUCUCUGGGGCCAGAGGCAUGUCCAUGCACUUAAGGGCUGUGGUGGUGAGCUGACCCCAGGCCAGGGUCAAAACCAGGGUCAGAACCUGCCUCACAAGUGCCGCCUGAAAUUAGCGGGUGUGAUAACAGUUCAGGCCAUUUUAAUCACAGGAUUUUUCUUCAGUAGCGCUGGGACAGCUGCAGUUGGACUUCCAGCCUUUGUUUUUUCCAAACCAGAACCAUGGGGACUUCUGUUUUGUUUCCUGGGGUAAAUUGUCCAUGAAUAUUUCCAGUUGACAGUUUUGUUGGUGUGACAGUCCUAGCACUUGAAGCAUGAAUGAGCAGAAAUUGCAAAAAUCACAUUUCCCGGUAGAUGACAUUAUCAAAAAAACCCAAAAAAACAAACCAAAACCAACAAUCACACUCUUCUCAAUUUGGUUUCUUACCUAACCCUAGUUUAAAAAAAAAGAAUAAUCCUGGCUUUAAUGGAUGAUGCAGUUACUAAUGGAUUCUGUUGCUGCUAAAACGAACACAAAAUUUCUGAAUCUGAGUAAAUUCUCAAACCCCAAGGGCUACUCUCCCAUUAAAUCCAAAAAGAGUUCAUAGUACCUAAUGAAUAUUACAAAUAUAGCACAAAACAAGCAUGUUCUCUUCUCCCUCAUUAAUCACAGGAGUGUUUUCAGACAGCUUCAAAUAAAAAAUAGUUUUUAAGUUAUUUCGGAUUUGAUGUUACUGAGCUACAAUGACAUUUUACUACUACAAUGAUCCAAAUAUUCUUAGAAGUUUAUUGGAACUUGGAUUAAGGAAAGGUUGUAUUAUUACAGUUCAUGCAAGAAUAUGUUCUGCAGAUACAGUGCUGAGGGGUGUUUUUUGUUAUGAAAAUUUUUGGCAUAAGGCAAACCAAAAGGAAUCUUUAUGAUCAUUCUUGUAAUGGCAACAGCAAGAGGAAGAGCAGGUACUGCACAGUCACACCCAGUUAAGAGUUAUUUAAAUUAUGAGUUCCAGAACAGAGAAAAGAUUGUAAUCAAGGUUCUACAGCUAGGCUCUUAUUUUCAUCUGGACUUGGAAAGGUGUGUGCAUAUUCACUUACUGCAUUGUUUUCCUUGUUUGUGCAAACUGUAUUCACUUGACUUCAUCCAAGCUUAUGUACCUGUAAAAAAAAAAACAAACCAACAAACAACAGCUAAACCACAACAAAAAAAAAGACUCAGUUUUGUAGCAUUGCCUGAUCAUACACACAUUUUGUCAUUUUGAUUUGUGCUUUUAUAAAUGGUGUAAAUAAUUAUUGAAAUACUUGUCCUUGAAUUAAAAUGUGAUGUUGAGAAGGAAUCAUUAUGAAAACACAGAAACUGGCACCCAUGUUCUUUCAGCUGUCUUUCAGCACUCUGUAGCAAGGUGCUUGAGCUCUGAGCUGUCAAAAGAGGUGCUGCUGCCUGACCUCAGCCUCUUCUGAAAUACGGAAAGAUGAUUAAGCAGCCGUCAUCAAUGCAUAUCUAGCUAUGGGUUAAAGACCAAGUCUCAUUCAAAUAAAAUGAAAAUUGCCACUUUUGAUGCAUUUUAAAAUGCUUAAAGAACACACAGUGAUGGUGUUGGCAAGUAAAACACAGAAGCAAACCUUAAACAUGUAAUACUGCAGCUUUAACCUGUCAGCCUAUUCAAGUUUCUUUUUCAGAUUCUUGACAUCAUAAAUGUAGUGAAAGCUGAGGACGUCUCAUCACAAAGGAAAGCAAGCUAUUUCAAAAAGUUGUAUUUUCAGAAAAAUUGUUUUAAAAUUCUCUCAAUUGAAGAGAUAUAAGAUACCCCAGAGUCAUCUAAUACUGUAAGUAGGGCUGGACUUUCUCACCACUUUUGCUAGGGGGACCUCUGUGACCAUUUUUGAGAGGCCUCCAGUAGCUGAAGCUGAAGAAUGCUUUGUUUCUAGGCAAACAAUUUUUGGGGGCUCAGUAGACCAGCCUGGUGUCGGCCUGAAUAUCACAUUGCUUAAAGAGUGAUAGUUUCCUUUUGGGGCAGUGCCAAGGGAAAAGUGUGGAGACAGCAGCUCUCCCUAAGCUUAUCUGUGGUGUCUGAGAGGAUGGAGCUGCAGCAGGCGGGCAGACAGGUCUGAUUUCAGGCACUGACAGGGGAGAAGGCAGCAGGAGCUGCAGGACGUCUCUCUGGUGGCACUCAUGCAGGGCUGUGACAGCACCAGUGUGAGGAGAGGCAGCCUCAUGUACGCUAGGGGUGUGGUGGGGGAAAGCAGCAGCCCAAGAAGUGUCCAAUCCUCCCUCCUCUCUGGCACAUCCAAUUCCUCCUCUAAAUGUGAGAGGAGAAUCCAAGGGCAGAGAGCUGGCUUGGAGAAGGUAAGAUAGACCAUGGAAUGUCAGCUAAGAGAUGAAACAUAAUGGUCUGGGAGGUCUUAGGACAUUGUACCACUCAUCCUCAUAGAGAGAAGAAUACUCUUUUAUCUAAACUCUACUUGAAAAUCUGUAGAAGCAGAGCAGUAUGUGGUGAUAAAACAGCAGAAUUACUAUAAUCAAAUGAUACCAUCAAAUAAUGAAAUUUAGUAAACAUUUGGUCUCAUACAAAAAUGCGUACUCAUUUUAUGAAAGAAAGGCAUGUAAACCUGCUGAAAUAAUGUCAAGAAGCUAAAAUUAUACUACAUGGAACACAAGACUGCAUCUUCUACGUAAACACAAGUAGUUCUAUUGCUAAGUUCCCGUCCUCUAUCAGAAACCAUGUUAAGUUCUUUUUCCUUCAGUUUUAUUUACCAGCUUUUCCUGUUGGGACUUUCCAUUUUCUUAAUCACUGAGUUGCUCUUAAUUCCAGAGAAUUUUGCACUGCCAGUCUGAACUAUGAUGAUACAUUCCAAAUAUUAAUGAUUGGUUCAUUUCUUACUAGUGGAAUUUUUAAAGUUCUGUUCUUCAGUACACUGUUUCUGCCCUUAUAUUUUUUGUAAGAUACUGGAAACUAAGCUGUGAAAUCAAACACUUUUAUACUCAGACAGAAAAUAAUGGAGGGACACACACACAACAAAAAUACAGUAAAACUUGCUCUAACUUUUGAGGAUUCAUUCUUUUUUGUUGUUAAAGAAAGCAACUGUGGUAACAUUGCACAGGAUAGUGGGGAAUAUGGGGUUUUUUUCCCCUCUUCUUUCUGGAUUGGAAGAAAUGCUUAGCAGCACUGCUUUAGUAUGUUGUGGACAAUGUCAUGCCUGCUGUUUCUAAGAGUCUAGCUGUAGGACUCCUGUGUGUUUCAGUGUCAUCCUUUCUGUAUUUAUCUAAUCAUUAUUGGCUAGAGCCUAAGUAGAGUUUAAUGAAACUCUGUAAAGUUUGGUAUUUCCUGUUGCUGUGUCCAACUACUUUUCAUCUUUGUUUACUUAAUAAGUAUUUAAUAGGUAAGAAAAUUCUUUAUGGAUUUUAAUGGAAAGCCUUAAUGAAAAUUAUUAAGCUAAAAAAACCCUACAUGUUGCAUCAUUGAAAGUUUAUGCAAGAUGAUCCAAGGCUGACAGUGGAUCGAGUGGCCAAAAAAAUAAGAAGGGGUAUGCCUCCACAAUAUUUCUGUCUUAUUAAUCAAUUUCUAAAAGCAAUUAAGGUGUUUAAUGCAAGAAUGAGAUUUGGGUUUAGUCUGAACUUGAAGUGCAUUGAAGAAGAUGCACAGUAUACAUGACCAUUUAUCACAUAUCAAUCACUAUCAUUAAUCAUCUUAUUGUUUACUUAAAGAUUCUAUUAAAUAUUUACAUGAAAUUCCAGAAUGUUCACUUGUCUUGUUCAAUAUAUCAAAGCAUUAGGGGGAAGGAAAAAAUCACAUUACUGGAUCUUUCUACAUUUUGUUAAACCAUUGAAUGAACCCAGGGUAAUAGCCAUCCCCUGCAGGCAAUCAUUUAAUUAAAUCUUGGCAACUUAUACAAAUACUCUCACAAUCAAUGAGUUUCAGUUUGCUUGUUUUAUUCAACGUGGCAGCUGUAGAACUUUAGGCAGAAGUGGUACUGAAAAAUCGCGUUGCUUAAGAUCUUCCAUAACAUGUCAGAAGAAAGCCUGAACACAUCCUCGCCGACCAGCCACUCUAUCUUCUGUUGUCCAUUUGCGGUCUAAAAGCAGCAACAAGCCAUAUACUUGCUAUUUCCUAUUAUAGAAACAGCUUUUAUAUUUUACUCCAUUUUAUCUAAGAAAAUGAAACCUCUAUCCUUGGGAAGGUGAUGGAGCAGUUCAUCCUGAAAACUAUUUCCAGGUACAUUAAGGGUGAGAACAUUUAUUUACACCACUCAAAGCCAGUUUCUCACAUUUGCUUUCUCAGCUAAAAAAGUGCUCUUGAGUAGCACUGAAACUUGCCUGCACAAAGUGCUCUGUAAAGCAAAGCCUGUCGAAGCUCAAGUUUUAUAGAAAAUGCAGCAGCUGCCAACAGCCCAGCACCUGCAAGCUCACCCAGGCCACUCCUUUCCACAGUUCCACUGUUCUUUAUUUUGGAUGCUAGUGUGGAUGCCUGUCCUGCGGACUGCUGGAGGCAAUGGCUGUCCCAAGCCUCUGUAUACUGACUACAACUACAACCCCAGUGAUACCUGGACUCGCCAGUAUCCCUGGGGAAAAGAGAUGUCUCCUCCCCAAGCCUGCCAGGCCUCAAGUUUCAGAGUUCAGUGGCUGAACUUUGAGAAUGGUGAUGGUAUCAAUAAAUCCCUGUUGCUGGUCUGCCAGACCCUGCAUGAUAACCAUGAGAGUAAUUAUACUGUUAACAUAGUCACAGGUACAUAGUCACAGGUAAUCUGGGGAGUGGAGAACACCAGAUAAGACCACUAGGUACUGACAACAGUUUUUCCUGCAGCUGGCAAAGUCACAGAGGUAGGUGGAGCACCAUGCCCUUUGCAGUCUUCCCCACAACUGAAGGUACCCGGCACUGACCAGCAGCAAUCAAGGACAGCAAAACUGCACAUAGAAGAACCCUGCAAUGACUUUGAACGUGAGACUCUGUUCUGUGCACAUUUCUCUUCAUGCCACGCUCCAAGUGCUCUCACAAGCUCAUCUCCCAGGCUCAAAAUACCUUGCCAGCUACAAGGAAUAAUUCAUGGCCACAUUUCCUGCUGGGAUCUCAUAUUCUGCAGCUGUAUAUGUGUCACAGGGUGCAAAAUGCUGAUCACCUGAGCCAUCCCUUGGAGCAACAGCACCAUGACCACCUCAAACAGGGGCUGGAGGCCUUCUUGCUGCUCUGAAAUGGGUUUGCAUGGCCCAAGACAGGAACCCCACUGACUGCAUAGUCUGAGGAGCAGAAGCCCAAACAUCAUGGUCUGGGAAAUUGUAAGAGCACAAGAUCUGCCAGAGAGGUUUGCAUUAUCAAGCAGCAAAUUCUCUCAAGAUGCCUGUUACAGCAGAGCACAUUCAUUGCCUACCUGAGAUGGGGCUGUUCCAGAUGAAAGAACAUUUAAUUCCAAAAUUGAUUUCUCAGUAGCCUACACUGGGGGCCUGAGGAGCCCUACAAAAGUUUCAGUGCUUCAAAUAAUACAAAGAAGCUCAUACUGCAGCAGGAUAUAUUGAAAAACACCUGAAAGACAAUGCUGUCAUUGGUCACAGCCAGCAUGGCUUCAUGAGAGGAAAGUCCUGCUCAUCAAACCUGAAUUUCCUUUUAUGACAAGGUAAUGCACCUACUUGAUCAAGGGAAGCCUGCUGAUGUAAUCUUUUUGGAUUUCAGUAAAGCUUUCGAUACUGUCUCUCACAGUAUCCUUCUGGACAAGAUAUCCAGCACACAGCUGGAUAAGCACAUCAUGUGUGUGGGGGGGGAGCAAUUGGCUCACAGUCGAGCACAGAGGGUAACAGUGACAUCAGAUUGGGGACCAGUCACUAAUGGGGUUCCACAGGGCUCCAUCUUGGGCUCUGUGCUCUUCAACAUCUCCAUAAAUGACUUGGACACAUGACUGGAAGGGAUACAGUUUUUGCAGAUGACACAAAACUGGGAGGAGCUGAUGACUCCCUCAAAGGCAGGGAGGCCCUGCAGAGAGACCUCAACAAAUUAGAGAACUGGGCAAUCACCAACCAUAUGAAGUUCAACAAGCAAAAGUGCCGGAUUCUGCACCUGGGACAGGGCAACCCUGGAUGUACGUACAGACUGGGGAGUGAGAUACUGAAAAGCAGUGCCACAGAAAGGGACCUGGGGGUCCUGGUCAAUGGCAAGUUGAAUCUGAGUCAGCAGUGCCCUGGCAGCCAGGAGGGCCAACCGUGUCCUGGGGGGGCAUCAGGCAAAGCAUCUCCAGCUGGUUGAGAGAGGGGAAUGUCCCGCUCUGCUCUGCACUGGAGCGGCCUCACCUUGAAUAUUGUGGGCAGUUUUGGGCACCACAAUAUAAAAAAGACAUUAAGCUCUUAGAGACUAUCUGAAGGAGGGCAACAAAGAUAGUGAAGGGCCUUGACGGAGAAGCCAUAUGAGGACCAGUUGAGGUCACUUGGUCUGUUCAGCCUGGAGAAAAGGAGACUGAUGUGGGAGACCUCACUGCAGUCUACAACUUCCUCAUGAGGGGAAGAGGAGGGGCAGACACCGAUCUCUUCUCUUUGGGGACCAGUGACAGGACCCAAGGAAAUGGCCUGAAAUUGUGUCAGGAGAGGUUUAGGUUGGAUAUUAGGAAGAGGUUCUUCACCCAGAAGGUGGUUGGGCAGUGGAAUAGGCUCUCCAGGGGAGUGGUCACAGCACCAAGCCUGACAGCAUUCAGGAAGCAUUUGGACAAUGCUCUCAGGCACAUGGUGUGACUCUUGGGGAUAGUCCUGUGCAGGGCCAGGAGUUGGACUUUGAUGAUCCUUGUGGGUUCCUUCACAUUCAGGAUAUUAUGUGAGUCUGUGAUUCUGUGAUAUUGUAUAUCACAAAAGCAGUCAAGGCCCUUUUAUGUUAUAAAGUUGAAAUAAAAAAAAAUAAAUUCUUACCCAAACUUUCCUGAAGAAUUUUUCCCGGUAGAUAUACCCAAAGAUUUUCCAGUUUUCUUCAGUAUUUCUAAAGAAGUCUCUGCAGAUCAUUAUUUAAAAAAUUUAUUGGCCAUAAAUCAUGAUAAACUACAUAAAUUCAACAUAAACUCCAGAAAUAUAGGGAUCAAAGAUACUGAUACAAAGAGGAGUUUGUAUUAUCAUUCACAUAUUAUACUACAAAUGAUCUUUAAAAUAACUUUAUAAAACAUCUUCUAAACAUAGACUGAGUCAUGAUUACCAGCAGCAAUGGGUUCUAGAAAGUGCAUUAUAUAGAGAGAACUGCUUUAGGGAAGUGGUGGUGUUACUUUUAAGGCUAAAUCAACAAGGGCAAAGUCAUAUGGAACAAACAACACACUUCAUCUAAAUGGACCUAAGAAAAGGUAAAAAUGAUGGAAUAAAUCUUGAAGAUUAAAGGCUACAGAGUCCUUUAUGGGACAGAAUAAACCUCAAACCCAGACUGUAUAUUUUAGGUCUAUAUAAAUACUUCUGUUUGAGGACGUCUAAUUGAAAACACUAAGUCCCUCCUCAGGACCCAAAUGAAAACCUCUGUGCAUACACUCCACACAAUGGAGCAGGAUAAUGACCAGGAAAGCCAUUCAAUAUCAACAACAUUCACUUGGAAACUGUUGACCCUUCUCAUUUCUAACAAGUAUUGUAUGGAAAUGAGUUUAGGAUUUCAUGUCAAGACUUCAAAAAAUUCCCACAAAAAGUCAAAAUUUAUAGUUCGACAUUAUUCUAUCAGAAAACUGGAUUCCAAAGCCUAUGAUCUGCUUUAAAAAUGCCUCACUUGCCUCAAAUAUAACGGAGUUUGAUAUAAGAAAAAUCAUAAAUAGGACUAACUGAACUCUACCUAGGCUAGAUUUUUCUGUGUUGGCACCUUUUUGUACUCUCUCCAGAAGCGAUAACACAGCAGGUGUUAAUGUUGGAGUUUUUCUCUGGGUCAAUGGCUGCUUGUCCUAGUAAAAGAAGAUGCACAAUCAUCACUCAACUCUAGCAAGGAGGUUAUGGAGCCCAGUGAAAACUCUCCAAAUCACUGUUGAAGUAGUGCUAGGAAGGAACAGGAAAAAGGUCCACCCUCUCUCACCUGGAAGUCAUUUUUCCUGCCCAAAACAGGUGAAAGAGUAAUAAUAUUUUCAAACAUCUUUAACAAAAAAAAACCAAAAACAAAACCAAAACAAAA